CCGCCCCCUCCAUUUUCCUAGAAAUCGCAAACCCCACCACACCGAUAACCUAAGCUUCAAAUUCAGAAUAUACCACCUCAAACUACGCAGAAAUUCUGCACGCGCCCGAACGCCCAACACCCACCACUGCCGGCGAUGAGCACCACCGAGGGAAAGGCGGACGCCGCUGCGGUGGAGGAGAUGGCGCGGUCGGCGACCGCAUGGUGCGCGAUGCACGGACUCGUCGUCGGGGACCGCGCGGACCCGAGAUCAGGAACAGUUCCUGGGGUUGGGUUGGUCCACGCUCCAAUCUCCCUGCUCCCGUCGCGUCUCCCGGAGUCUUUCUGGAGUCAGGCGUGCGAGCUGGCCCCGCUUUUCAACGAGCUCGUGGAUCGUGUUAGCUUGGAUGGGGAUUUCUUGCAGGAUUCCUUGUCCAAAACAAGGCAGGUUGAUGAUUUCACUUCUAGGCUCUUAGAUAUUCACAGGAAGAUGAUGGAUGCAAACAAGGAGGAGAAUAUCCGACUGGGGCUGCACCGAUCAGAUUAUAUGCUGGAUUCAGAAACCAAUUCUCUUCUCCAAAUAGAGCUCAACACUAUUUCAGUAUCUUUUCCUGGGCUUUGUUCAAUAGUGACUGAGCUUCACAGGACCUUGAUCAAUCAGUAUGGAAAUUUAUUAUGUCUAGAUGCCAAAAGGGUUCCUGGAAAUGAUGCAAGCCGUCAAUUUGCUAAAGCAUUGGCCAAAGCAUGGGAUGAGUUUAAUGUUGACAGUGCUGUAGUUAUGAUGAUUGUGCAGCCCGAAGAAAGAAAUAUGUAUGACCAAUACUGGCUUGUCAAAUAUUUGAGGGAAUCACAUGGCAUAACAACUAUUAGGAAGACCUUGUCAGAGGUGGAGGCUGAAGGCCAGGUUCUCCUUGAUGGAACUCUUGUUGUAAAUGACAGGAAGGUCGCUGUGGUGUAUUUUAGAGCUGGCUAUACACCAAACGAUUAUCCUUCAGAAGCAGAAUGGAAUGCAAGGCUUUUGAUGGAACAAUCAUCUGCUGUGAAGUGUCCUUCAAUAUCAUAUCAUUUAGUGGGGACCAAGAAGAUUCAACAAGAACUAGCAAAACCUAACGUGCUUGAAAGGUUUCUUGAAAAUAAGGAGGAAAUUGCCAAGCUCCGUCAAUGCUUUGCAGGGCUAUGGAGCUUGGAUGAUGAAGAGGUUGUCAAAUCUGCGAUUGAAAACCCUGACUUGUUUGUCUUGAAGCCUCAACGUGAAGGCGGAGGGAACAACAUAUACGGUUUUGAUGUGCGAGAGGCUCUGAUCAGACUCAAGAAGGAAGGAGGAGAUGCUCUCUCAGCCUACAUACUGAUGCAAAGAAUCUUUCCCAAAGCAUCUCUCGCUAGUCUGGUCCGUGGUGGUGUUUGCCAUGAGGCCCUCACAGUAUCUGAGCUUGGGAUAUAUGGAGCCUACCUGCGGAACAAAGAUAAGGUGAUCAUCAAUGAUAAGUGUGGUUACUUGAUGCGAACAAAAGUUUCUUCUUCGGAUGAAGGCGGUGUUGCUGCGGGAUUUGCUGUUUUGGACAGCUUAUACCUGACCGACAAGUGACAUAACCUCAGGAAUACCAGCUACAAAUCCGAACCAGCAUUGACCUACCAUGGAUUUAGCAUUCUGUUGCAUCGGUCGCAACAAAUGAGAUGAACAAAGUUGCUGCACAAUUUGCAGACGUCAGCCAUUAGCAUACAGCACACUGGGUGAAGAAUAAAUGUCAUGUAUAGAUGACAUGUUUAUGUAUGGAAAAUAAUCCCCGUGAAAAAAACGGAUUACAAAUUCUUGUUUCGUGGAUCACUACACCCUUGACUCGGGGCCAGGCAGUUGUGUUAUGCACUGUUAAUGUGAAUUUUCAGCGUUGCCAUUUCUGUUGGUCAAUCAUAUACGAAGAAGUUAAAAAUUCUGUGA